AACGCCAUAAUCCGUUUUUUAACUAACAUGUGAAUAAAUGUUGGACGGGAUGCCUGUCCACGAGCUGUUUAAAUCCUUGGGUCGGUUUUCUUUUCAUAGGAUAAGAAAUCAGUCAUAAUGUGAAAUUUUUUAUUUUGUCAUCUUUCAUCAUUAUGACAGCCACUAUUUUAAGUGGUGUGAUUUUUGUGUUUCAAUAGCUCCUCGCAGACUCUAGGCCCAAGAUGUGUACAAAACCUCAUUACAAAACCGGUCCAACGGUGACAAUGGCCCCAGAAGAUCUGGAGAUGUACCAACUGGCCCGUGCAGAACUUGAUCGGUUGGAGAGGCAGUACCGCAUCAUGGAGAGUGACCGUCUUUCCUAUGCUGAAGAAAUGAAAAUUCACCUAAAUAAGCAAAGGCGAAUGAUCGAAAAUUUACAAAGAGAGAAGGAUGAAAUAACCACAAAUCUAAACGUGGGAAAGACCUCCCAAAAUAUACUCACAAACAAUCAACAAAACGAAAAGCUGAAGGAACUGAUCAAGAGGCAUGAUGAUUUGGAGGCUAUGAUCAAAGUGGAAAAGUCUCAAUUGGAGGAGCUGGACUCACAGAUAUUCAAAAUCGAAAAAGAAGUGGACGAAUUGAGACUAAAAGAUAGCAGCACAAUUGACAGGAGACUUGAGAGUAAGAUGAAAGACUCAGCAAGGCACAUAGCACUCCUCGAAAAUCGACUACAUGUUGCAACGAUGAAAUUCGACAAGAACCUGAUGCAAAAUGCAGUGCUAAAAGAAGAGAUUAAUACUGCUUUAAAACAACGAUCUCGAUUCAAUGAAGUGUAUCAAAAUUUGGUUCGGCGUUUGGAGACUGGAAAACAAGUAAUGCUGAAUCUUAUAGAACAAGCUACUUUAGCUUUUGAUCAAAGGGAGGAAGCACAAUCAAAAUUGAAAGCACUCCAAGAUCGUGAUCGCCAGGAUUUGUUGAAGCACAGCCAUGAAUUGCGUGAGCUACAGCGUCGCCUAGACUACGACACCAAAUUAGAGGAGUUCCUUGGAACAAAGGGCCAGUAUCGGAUAAUGGCAGAUUUGCAGACAAAAGAAGCAGAAAAACAACGUAAACAAAAAGAGGAAGCUGCCCAACAAAUCAAAACUAAUCUAAUGAUUUUAGAUCAGAUCAAAACUUUCUCCAGCGAGUCAGAUAUUGAUCGACUGGCAGCGCAAUUCAUUAAACAGGAGGAAGAAAAUUUUGCCCUCUUUAACUAUGUCAAUGAACUAAACAAUGAGUUGGAAGCUCUGCAAGAACAAGUCAACAACCUUGUACAAAGCAUUGAAGAGCAAAGAGUCAUUAACAAAGAACGAGCAACACAACAGGAGGAAACAAUAGCCAGUCUCACACAAAAUUUGGAUGACAAAACAGCCGAGGCGGACACAAUGAACGAAAAUUUAAGGGCAACAACGGACAGAAUGACCCAACUUUUGAGAGGGAUAGACUCUUUGUUCAAACUCAUUCCGAGUGACAGCACGGCAAUCCUAAAACUGUUAGGAGAAAGCCCAACAGUUCAGCCUUUCAAUGUUAUGCUGUUUCUCAACAUCAUCGAACGACGUAUAAUUGAGAUAGUAAAUAAAGUAUAUGUUCUAGAGAAACAAGCACAGUUCCACGAUGAACCGUCAUUACUAGUCAUGAAAGAGGAGGUACCUUCUUUUAGAAGUAAACAAAGAGAAAGCCAGCGAAUAUCAGGAACACCUCCAACAUAAAGAAAAACAACUUUUUUCUAAAUUAUAUUGAGCCCAACAUGAUGAUCACCCACUGGUCAAUUAUGUUUACUAAGUUUAUGGGGGACAAUUGUAUAAAAGAGUCUAGCACCUUGGAUGCAUGAUACUUGGCAAUUAAUGGUAAAAACACUGAUACAAGAUAAUACAACUAUGCAUUAGAUGUUCAUCAUUAUUGAGAAAGCCUAGCAACCUGACUAUUCGGACUCAUUUUAGUACAAACUUGAUUCUACUUCUUUUACUUUUAUAAUAGUUUUUUGCCAAAUGAUACUUGUAAAAUAUUACUGUGAAGGAAAAAAAAAUGUCUAUGCAGUAAAAUAAACUAAUUUUGAUACUUUCUUAAGUUUCUGUUUUUUUCUCAAUU